GUAAAUGGUGUCAUCCAAAACACUGGACAUGGAGUCGUAUUUCGUGUAGAUACCAGCCCACAGGCUCCGGUCGUGAAUAUCAGUGGAGGCCCUCUGUCCUACAGUUAUAGGGUUCAAGAGAUUCAUUUACAUUUUGGACGCACUGACAGUCAAGGAUCCGAGCACAAAGUUGGAAGCCACGCUUUUCCAGCAGAGCUGCAAGUCUACGGAUACAAUUCUGAUUUGUAUGGAAACAUGAGCGAAGCUUCACAGAUGUCGCAAGGCCUUGUGGGAAUUGCUCUCAUGAUUCAAAUUGGAGACACGUCGAAUAUGGAGUUGCGUUUACUUACAAGUCAAAUGCAGCACAUCAUAUACAAAGGUCAGCAAGCUGAAUUGAAAUCUCUGUCCGUACGUGAAUUGCUUCCAAUAACAGACUCCUACAUGACGUACGAUGGAUCGACAACAAUGCCUGGUUGUCAUGAGACUGUCACAUGGAUUGUCAUGAACAAACCCAUCUACAUAACCAAACAGCAACUAUACGCUCUCAGAAAAUUGAUGCAAGGAGAUUUGAUCAACCCCAAGGCUCCUUUGGGCAACAACUACAGACCUUCACAAGUGGUACACCACAGAGUGGUUCGAACCAACAUAGAUUUCAAUCGCUCUUCUGGGCAAAGCUGUCCAACAAUGCACAAUUCCUUAUUUUAUCAAGCUAACUAUAAUAACUGGCGGCAGUGAAGUUCUGCCACCAAUCAGUGCCUUAUUAGUCCAGCCAAUCAAGAUCCCUUUCGUUGGAGUGACGUCACGGCUGACUCGUGGCGUAGUAGCAACGAUGGUGGACUUUCCCCAGUAGACACCGCCCCUUGUGUUCGUUUCGUUCGUCUCACUUUUAAUUUUGCAGCACAAUUGGUUCUUCCGUGCGAUUAUCAAACUUCAAAUAAAGAACAUAGAAAAAAAGAUGUGGUAAAGAAAAAAAAAAUGUUUUGCUUAUUGUGAUCCAUUUUCAAAUUUUUGAGAAGUUUCUACUAUGUAACCAAAAUGUGAGUCCUGAUUGCUGUUCAGUUGUUUAGUUCAAACUCAUCACUGUUGCAUAUCCAAGUGUGAAGGAAAUAGGACUUUAUACCUCGAAAUAAAAACUGUGUAUAUGUUACCAAGACUUGAAGACAGCAGCUAAAAAUGAUAUAUCCUGGAAAACCCAAGAUGGGAAACGUCCGAGAACUGCAUAUAUCAUAAUAGCAUCUAGCCUGAUUGGUUAUGAGUGCCAAGAUUUCAACACUGGUAUGCGAACAAGGCUUAGAACUCUUUAAGCUAUGUGACUUCUAUAGCCACUGAAUAAAUGCAAGAACUGGUGUAUGUCUAUGCCAUCUUCAACCGACGUCUGCUCAACCUCUAUCAGAUCUUCCACUUUUAUCUUAGGUUUUCCAGGACAAUAUGUUCAUAAAAUGGAAUCGUGCAUCCAGCUCCCUUGUUAGCCCAGUCUCUUCUUAGGUUCAUAAAUGUGUACAUAAAAAUCAGACAGUGAAUGAUUUUCAUCUAUAAGACAGUUUCAAUGGUACGUAUAUUGGAAUCCCAAAGGACAGCUCUAACGUCCGAGACAGUUUCAUUUUUUGUUAAUGAAAUAAUGAUCAUAGUUUUGUAUAAUAGUUUUGUAAAUAAAUUCAUUUUUUCG